AUGUCGGUCUGUCUCGGGGGGCGAGGGGACAGCGACAUGCAUGGUAUUCCUCCUCCGGGGCCUGAGCAAGAUGACAUUUUUUGGGUACUUUUGCCUGAACCCCCGCCUGUUUUUGUCGUCUCGCCUGGCACAGACCACGCCCGACGACCACAUGGGCCUGGGUCACCGACCAACCGGUCCGUAGCGCUGCUCUGUCAGCCCGAUUGUCUACGCCACCGGUUGCCCUUCACCGCCAACAUGACCUUGAAUGCUGUCGGGAGCAACAUGAGAACCACAAACCAUCCAUUCGACCAAUCAGAACGGCUGACCCUGAACUCAACUGGAGCUUGA